UCGUGGUGGUGGGGGGGGGGGGUUCGGUUCGAUCCGCCAUGGCGAAGAUGGGCCCGAAAGCGGUUCCGCCCGCCACGCUGCGCCGCUGGGAGCGCGAGCAGGCCCGGCUGCGGGCCGCUGUGGUACCGGAGGAUACAGAGAGGUGGCAACGGGAACCGGGCUGGGCCGGACUGCAACGGGUGGGAGGCGUGGAUCUGUCCUACGUCAAAGGAGACGACGGCAGCGCCUGCGCGUCCCUGGUUGUGCUCAGCUAUCCCGGCCUCGAGGUGCUGUACGAGGAUUACCGGAUGGUGGCUGUGAGUGCCCCAUACGUGGCUGGAUUCUUGGCCUUCAGAGAGGUCCCUUUCCUGGUGGAAUCUGUUCAGAGACUUGAGCAGGAGAAGCCCGAGCUCAGACCUCAGGUGCUGCUUGUAGAUGGGAAUGGCCUGCUCCAUCAGAGAGGGUUUGGUGUGGCCUGUCACCUGGGAGUCCUGACAGAUCUGCCAUGCGUUGGAGUGGCCAAGAACCUCCUGCAUGUGGAUGGCUUAGUCAAGGAUGAGCUGCACAAAGAGCAGAUUCGUUCCCUGCAGAAGAAAGGAGAUACUUUCCCUCUGACAGGCACUUCGGGGGCUGUCCUUGGUAUGGCCCUGCGAAGCUGUAACAACAGCUAUAAACCCCUGUAUAUCUCAGUGGGCCACCGGAUAUGCCUGGAGACAGCCGUGCGUCUGGUCAAGUCCUGCUGCAAGUACCGGAUCCCGGAGCCCAUCCGCCAGGCUGACAUUAGAUCCAGGGCGUAUAUUCAGAAGCAGAUGUGUUCCCCACCAGCAGUCGCACCUUCUGGGCUAAAGAGAAAAGACAGGGCUGACCUGGAGGAAGAAUCUCAUUGUAGAAGUAACGAAGAAGACCCUCAACAUUGAAUCCGCUGGCUGUGGUUGUGCAGAGGGCAGUCAGUGGCUGUGUGCCUCCUGGGGCAGAGCAGCACACGGCUGUGUUGGUCAGCACAACACCAGCAGCAGUGCUGCACUGUUCCAUCAGGCUCAAAUCAGCCUCUGUAUAAUUUGUUACUUGAUAUUUAGAUGUUUAUAUUUUUCAUUGUUUAUAAUACAUAUAUCCACUUGUAGUUUUGCUACAA